GCAACGGCAACUUCCUGCUAAAUAGUGCUCCCUAACAACAGACAAAGCUUGACACAGUGGGUUUAAUCGAAGACGCUUUAAUUAAAGCGUUUUACACACACUCCUUCAAUGGGUCCGGACGUGCUCUCCAGGGGCAGAGAGUAGGCUGUGUGUGCAGACAUGUCAGCUCGCUCCGCUGCAGAGAUGGGCGACUCACAGGAGCUGCCGGCAAAGAAGGCGAAGCUUGAAAUAGAUGGUGGACUGGAGAAGGAGCCAAGUAAUUUAGGUGAGGAUGGGAGUCCAGCAGCUGUGUUAGGGUCAUCAGAGCAGGAAGGCUCUUACUCUGCACUGACUGCCGCACAACUCAAUCCAAGUGAUCAGGAGCAGCCGGACGGAGAGGGACAGGCAGCGCCUCAAGCAUGCAGCGACUCAUUGAACUCGUACGCACGUUCAGUAACGGACACAACAGCCCCGUCUGAAUACACACAGCAGGUUUAUCAAGGAAGCAACCCAUCAGUGACGUCGUACACCAGCCAGGUUGCCUUCCCUCCUCUGGCCCAGUCCACUGUGUACUCCACCUUCCCCCAGACUGGUCAGACCUACGGCCUCCCACCCUUUGGUGCUAUGUGGCCAGGCAUUAAAACAGAGACAGGGCUGCCUGAGGCGCCCUCUGGUGGCCAGCCUGGGUUUCUCAGCUUCAGCAACGCAUAUACCUCAACCCAACCAGGCCACCUACACUACUCUUACCCCAGCCAAGGCUCGAGCUUCACAACAUCCAGUGUGUACUCCAGCAUCCCUUCAGCGACAGCAGCAACAACAACCUCCUCCACAGUGACCCACCAGGAAUUUAGCAGCUACAACUCUCUGGGACAGAGUCAGUUCUCUCAGUACUACUCUCUGCCUCCCAGCUAUGUGCCUGCAGGGCUGCCCAGCAGCGAGGAGCACAGCGCUGGUGUGGGAGCUGUCGGAUACUCGGCUGAGAAGUCAGAGCAGGCUGCGCCGGCUGGACUGCCUCCUAGGGAUGCAUCUCCCCCAGAGAACCUCCCAGCAGCUGCAGCUAUGCCGACUGGUGUUUCUCUCCCAGCUGCAGCCAGAGAUCAGGACGAGGUUGGACGCAGGAACUCUGUCGGCAAAGCUAAAGGAAAAGCCAAAAAGCCUGAAAACUCUUCACCUACAGAGACUGACCUGGAGCGUAUUUUUCUGUGGGAUCUGGAUGAGACCAUUAUCAUAUUCCACUCACUGCUUACUGGCUCUUACGCGCAGAAGUUUGGAAAGGACCCAGCAACAGUGCUGAACUUGGGCCUGCAGAUGGAGGAGUUGAUCUUUGAACUGGCAGACACUCAUCUUUUCUUCAAUGACCUGGAGGAGUGCGAUCAGGUCCAUGUUGAGGAUGUCGCCUCUGAUGACAAUGGACAGGAUUUGAGUAACUACAACUUCCUGGCUGAUGGUUUUAAUGGUCCCAGUGGUGGAGGGGCUUCAGGAACCACAGCAGGAGUCCAGGGAGGGGUGGAGUGGAUGAGGAAACUGGCCUUUCGCUACCGCCGGCUAAAGGAGAUCUACAAUAGCUACAAAGGGAAUGUUGGAGGCCUGUUGAGUCCUAUGAAGAGGGAGCUGCUUUUACGGCUUCGGUCAGAGAUUGAGAAUGUCACAGAUGCGUGGCUCAGCACUGCGCUCAAGUCUCUUCUGCUCAUUCAGUCCAGGGGGAAGUGUAUGAAUGUGUUAGUCACCACCACUCAGCUGGUUCCAGCGCUGGCCAAAGUGCUGCUCUACGGUCUGGGAGACGUCUUCCCCAUCGAGAACAUCUACAGCGCCACCAAAAUAGGAAAAGAGAGUUGUUUUGAGAGGAUCGUCUCUCGAUUUGGGAAAAAAGUGACCUAUGUGGUGAUAGGUGACGGUCGGGAUGAGGAGUUUGCAGCAAAACAGCACAAUAUGCCUUUCUGGCGAAUCUCCACUCACGGUGACCUCGUGUCUCUGCACCAAGCGCUGGAACUGGACUUCUUGUAAAGGAGAUGACAUUAGAAGUCGCACACUAAAAGGGAAUUAGUCGUCCUGUUGGUUUGUGGAGUGACGUUGUUAGAUAAUCCUCCACAGCUCAAACGGUACACACUCGUAUAUUAGAAACGCCUAUCUGCCCUCAGUGACGAUUGAAAACUCGCUGUGUAAUCUGUGACUGUAACACACUGGGGCAGACUUUGGGUCGGAGCUGACUGUGAGAAACAGAGUGAAGGCAUCAUUUGGCAGAGCAAAGGUUCCUCCAGCACUCCCUCCUCUACGGCAGCUAACCUCAACACGGCUGAAACUGGCACUGAUAUGGACACAAAAGGGAAGACAUCUUUUGUUUUUACCCCUCCUUUGCCUCCUCUUAGUUUCUUUAAAGAUCAAAAGCUGUUUUCAUGCAUACAAGGCUGAAGAUUCCUGGAAAAAUUCAGGACAGCAUGCCAAAAAAUGUUCCUCUCACCUGUCCCUCACUGCUGGAAGAUAUCUCUGUUGGACGGGCAUCUCAGGAGGAAAGACAUGGUGGCAGUCUGGCACUCUGAAGACAGUUUUGUACGUUAUUCCAAUGCUACAUGUAAUUUGACGUAAUCACAAUAUAAACAAACAAAUUUAGGUUAUAUAUUGGCGAGUUUGUAAGGACCACAGUAGCUGUUACAAAGCAGUCAUAUAAACUCCUACCUGCUCACUCAAUAUGGUAAAAGUCAGAGUAAAGUUGGGGUGAAAUUUGGGGAAUUUUCAGGAGUUUUGUGUAAGUGUGAAAACAGCUCCAGCAGAGUAAACAGCACCUCUUUAUUUCUAACUCCUCUUUUCUGGAUUUAAACAACCAAAGGUCAGUUUUGUUUUAAUGCUUUUCUUAUAGCUUUCAUUAUUUUGACUCUACAUCAUUGAGAGAAUAAUAGUAAAUCUUUGCCCUAAUUCAAAGACUUGAAUGCAUCAUUUAUGCAUCAUCUCCUUUUUAUUCCAUUUCCCUCUCAUGUGACGUUUCAAUAAUUUAAGGUACUACAUGUGGUUAAACAAUGAAUGGUCAUGAACUCCCCUCCUGACCUAAGUUGACAAUCCACCAGUCAGCUGCUCAGACCUCUUACUCAGUUCCUCCCUGGUUUUACUUUGGGUUUGACCCAUCUGUGGUCAGUGAGCAUGUGCAGUUGAGAAUCAUGCUCCUACAAUUCCUGAGUUGCUCAUCUGGAGUUUCCCCAUGCAGCUCUGGCCCGAGUAGUGUUUUAAGCAAUGUGGAUAUGUCCCAAAUCCACAUUAGAUUCUUUAUAAAGUAUAAAUUACAUACUUUUAUCAGAGGGAACCAUGUUAUCCAGAAAAGUUGAACUCAUGUUACCCUUUAGAAGGUUGUCAGUGAAAGAAAUAGAAUUCCUAGACAAGCAAAAUCUGCUAUUUUUUGUUCCAAGUUGCACAAAUACAUCUGUAAUGUUUAGGUGCUGUAACAUUAAUGUGUUUGUGUAAUGCCAUGCUCUCUCUUUGGAGACAACACGUCUGUAUUUUCUUCAGAGCUUCAGUACUUUACUAUCAUUUAGAUCAUUAAGUCAAUAUAUGUCCAGUACUGUGCACCACUAUUGGGCAUAUUUUGGCCUAUAACUGAGGCUUAAGUCAGGCAUGUAAUGUCCGGUAAAGGCCCAUUUAUGCUCUACGUACACAUGAAAAUAGAUCUGUGCAUUUAGAACUUUACAACCAUACUGACGUGCGUCUGUUAUAUUGGAGUGGACAUUGAAAAACUAAUCCACUGGAGACUGCUGUCCCUCACAGAGCUACUUUGAUGCUGCUCUGUCAGCCCCAUAGACGGAGGAAAGAAUGAUGCUCUUGUAGCUGACUGAGAGCUCACAUCAUUCAUAUGUUUGUAUUUUCUUACAACUCGCUCAUUUUUGGUUGAUAUUUCCUUAGAAAACUUGAUUAAGUUGCACCUUUGUUUUCAAAUAUUUUUUCUUUAUUGUGUUUUGCUGCUCCGGGUUAAACUGUUGGCCACGUUGCUCAACACUGCCCUACCAUUGGCAGCGAUACAGCUACGUUUUGUAAGCUUUGAAAGAACAGAUAAAAAACAGAGGAGUGGAACGCAGGGUGCAGACUGAAAGGUCCGUCCGUAUCCAUAUGCAGUUCAAACGUAGAGCAUAAAUGAGACUUAAACCCGCCAUGAUGCAGGAAGGAGGAUUGAUGAAACCUUGGUCGUGCUCUGGAUGUCCUUGCAUAUUACCAGGGAAAUGUGAAAUGUACCUGUUGAAAAAUUGAAGUCCACACCUCUACAGUGGAGUCAGGGAUGGAUGUGUUGAAUGUGGUAAUUCAUUAGCGCCCUACAUGCCUAAAGUAAAUGCACAGAGCUGAUGAUAUACAUAAAUAUUGUACUGCAAGUUAAUGCAGAAUAAUAAUGUUUUCUUUAGUGGAUCUCUUUAAUCAAAAAUGGUUUCCAAAUUCUUGCUACCACUCGUUGGAAAAAAUACAUAAAUCCCCUUAAAGAUAUUAUAAAGGCUGAAUUAGGUAUAGGAUCUUGUCUUAUGGUUGCUCAAUUAUGGCAAAAAGCAGAUUCGCAAUGAUUUGAUUGGUAUUGAGAUCACGAUUAUUUCACAUGACUAUUCGUUGACUUUACAACACCUGUAUGAUAUGCAUUUAUCCAACUUAAACAUGUUAAACACAUUGAAAAACAAGCAAUAAACGAGUGAAAAAAACAAAUGUAUAGAAGUAAUGAUGUAUGAAAACAUAUAAUAAACAAAGCAAAUUACAUUCUUGGGCAAAUAUCACAUCAAACACUAAAACAUUUACCGCAUGACAAAACCUAAGGGCAAAAUAUCAUACAGCAUCAAAUAUUAGCUAAGAGCAACUGUACUUGUUCAUUCACAAUUAUCUCGAAUUAAAGAAUUUGUCAGUUCCUUCACAAUAAAAGUCUGUAGCAGUUUAAAAGAAAAUCAUACUUAACUUGUUUGUGCCAGCAUGGGAAGCCAAAAUUAUUAAUUGACAUAGAAACAGGAGUAAUUAUCCAGAUCUAUCUUGAAUUUCCAGAUUUUGCAUAAUUGGAUGAAGGGCAUGCUGUUUUUCAUGAACUCUAAGUUCUGAGGCCCCUGCUAGUAAUGUAUUGAUAAUCUGUUCUUCUAUAGAUCUUGUUUUUGAUUAGUUCAUUGACUUUUUCAACCUUAAAAUUGUCAAAAAUAGAUUUUUAAAGUAACUUCUCAGGGCUAAGAGGGAUUUGGAGACAGCCUUUUUGUUCAAAAGAGUUCUAAACGCAAUGAUUGAAAGACUUAAAGAUGUAGUUUUUUCUCAGUUGUGUUGUUUCAGUUGUACUUGUGAUGUAUUCAUCUGUUUCAGCAUUUGUCAUAAAGGUCCCUUAAACUCCCGGAGUAGACUAACUCUCUUUUAACACCUCCAGUUGACUGUGCUAGCUUACACAUUGUUUUUCAGAUUCAUUGUUUUCAUGUUUUUAACCAGGAGAUUGGAGUUUUACUGUGUUAAGAUGAAAAUGCAGAUUCAGAAAUCAACUCCAUCUGGGCAGAUGUUCCAGGUAGCAGGAUAUGAAUUGGCUUUAAAUGGAAAAUGUUGUGAAAAAUUUCCAGUCAAUCUACAGGCUGUUUCUCUCCAGAAAAACCAAACACCUCAGACACAAUUCAAGCUUCAGUUUUGCACAGAAGCAGCACCCUAGAGAGCUCUGGUUCACCUGCAGGAUGAGGGUCCUAGCUGGUGUUUACUGCCUGCCAGCACCCAUUGUCUCCUAAUCCGAGCAUGCUCUCACCUGUCAGCUUCUGACUCAGCUAAUACAUUGUUAGGAGGACCAUAGUUCAUUUAAGAGGUAUAAAUCUAAAGUUUUCUGUUGUCCGUCCUGGCAGUGAAGCGUCUCAUUAAAAACCUCCUGGACACUUUUUUAGUCUGCUCAGCUGUUGAAUUAUGGGAGGAUGUCUGUGUACAUAAAGUUGUGCUAUUUGAAGAAAGCAGGGCUAAGAAUUUAACAUUAGCCAGUAGCAUUUUAUUUCAUGUCUUACAGUUUUGUUUCCAGUGAAAUGAUUGAACACAGAUUGUCAUUGGGUUUUAAGCUGUUUUCGAUUCAUCUUAUAUUAAAUAUAUCAGUUACAUCACAAAAACUCAUAGCAAGUGUAUUCGUCUCAUUUCUAGUUAAAAGUAUCUCAUCAUACUUAAUUUUUACGACUUGAUGAGUGCGUGUAAGCAUCUUAUUUCAAGGUAUCACAGUCAAAAAGGGAAGAUAUCUACUAACAUCGAACAAUUCAGGCUUUAUUUUUUGCGUUUUAUGUCUUGAAAAAAGAUUUUUAUUUGCACUUAACAGUUAAAUGAAGCUUUUAUUAAGUACAAUGAGACGCGGACUAAAAAUUAAACAAAUGCAUCUGCUUGGCACAUGAAACCAGAGGUUCAAGAAACUACUUUUUCAUGAUUGGUCCCAUUUUGUCUAAUCGAAUAACACAAGUUGCAACCAUUGUGUUAUUCUUUUUAGAAUUUAAAAGUGAAAGCUUGCAUGUCCCACCUCCACAUAUUAAAUGAUUAGAUUUUCUGUGCUGGUUUAUAAGAAGCAUCUUGAGUUUUUGUUGAUCGACAAUCAUUCUGAAGACAACCCUUUUGGCAGGCUAUGCAUGAGGCGAUUGUUAAAUAUGAGUAUCUAUUUUUAAGAUUUUAAUCCUCAGAACUCACACUCUAAACAACCAGGCCAGACUGUGAGAACAUGCCAGUGUAAAUUUCCUCGACUUAAAGUAUAACUAAAAGUGUUUGUCAACUACCUUUUUCCAUGAGGAAGAUGGGAGUAAUACAUGCUAAAAGUAGAUCUUUGAUGACUCAAAUUCUAAGAGUAAGCUUAAUUUUUGUCAGUUGACUGAUCUGACUGAAACACUGAUUUGACACGAGAUUAAGGCAAAAAGAAUAAAUGUAUAAAUCUAAGGACCUUUAUGUACUAAAACCAGAAUAAAAUGUUGAGUUUUCACAGACUAAAACUAUAGGCCAAAGCUCAUGAACAUUUUAGUUUUAGGACUAAGACUAAAAAUUGCUAGCAAAAGAAACACCGAACCACACACCUGCUGUUCGUCCUAAUGGUUUCACCGUGGAGAUUCUACAGUCAUGAGCUCUCACAGAAACUCGUGAUCAAACGUGACUUCAGAAGAAAAACAUGUAUGGAGGAUGACCAAUGAUGUCAGCUGGCGUGUGCAACAUUUCAGAUGAAAAACACUAAAGCAGGAAAUGGCCAAUGGCAUUUGACCAAUAAUAUGUAUCUGUCUCUUAUUUUUACGGAUGGAUGUUGUUGGAUUUUUGCCGAUAUCUGAUAUCCUGAUAAGUGACUUUAUCAGCUACCAAUAAAGAUAUUUAAAUGUAGUACAGACCUAAAACUUCAGACCUCAAAACACACAAUUUCAAGUUUAAAUAUGAUCAAAUUGACAAAUUUCAGUCCUUAGAACACUUUAAAGUGUAAAGGAUGAAGAUGAAUAAAGAAAAGACUUCAGCUGACGCAGGUCUGUUUACCCAGCCUAAAACUCCACUAACAUAUUUGUUCAUAAGACCAAUAUUACAGCUGAUUUUUAUCGCUACAAUAUGAGCAAAAAUUGUCAUAUCUGUCGAUAGAGGUGAUUUGUUUAUGCCGAUACGAUAUCCUACCUAUAACAUCAUGCAUCCCUACUUAUUUUAAUGUGUUCUACUUUGGCUCCACUGUGAGGUGUGUCUUCCCCUCUGGCUAUGUUUUCACUUGCCAAGGUCUCGCUGCACAUUCCACCCACAACACUUUCUGAUUGGCUGAUCACAGGAGUACCUGCUAAUGAACACUGAGACACCGUGAGUGUAUGGCAUCACUUCCAGUUUUGCUACCACGGUGUUACUCUGUGCCACAUAAAGUACACUUUGUUUGUCAGUCUCAUGAACUACGAAUAUCGGCCCUGAAAAUUUGAUAUCUGCCGACCCUUAGUCAUGUUUAUGUUUGUAAGCUGUAAAAGUACACAACAUCCGGUUGGUGAUGCCUCCCAGUCUGCUUGCUCUUGUUGGCUGUUGCUGAUAUUCUGUUGGAGGCGGUCAAACCUAAAGAUCUGCUCAGGGAGGUUCUGAAUCCAGAUGAAGCAGCUGUAAAAUAAUCAUAUGUAAAAUGCAUACUUGAGGCAAACUAAUUGUGACAAGCCUCAAGAUGGGUCACAUUUCCCCCAUUGUUAGGGUUAAAUCAGGCCUAAAUUUGGGCUUAAAAUUGCAUAAUAUGCAAAUUUUGCAGAGCAAUUAUGACUUUUCUCAGAUCCCACGGUGUCAACUCUAAAUUAUCAGUAAUCAGUAUUUACAGCACUAGAAUAUAAAAAUGACUGUAAUAAGUAAAACAAAACAAAAAAAAAACUUAUUAAUGCAAAGGCUCUCAGUGGUUAUUCUAAAAAAGGCAUGUUCCUCAGUUUUUUUACUAGAUUUUCCUAUUAUGCAGGGUUAUUUUCAGCAAUUUUCUCAAGAAAUUCACUCCUCACAGGGGAACUAGCAGUGUUCACUCAGGAUUACAACAUAGGACAAAUUCAAAAAUGUUUUUUCUUUAUCUCCUUGUCAGAGUAAAAUAUGUGGAUUCAUGUCCAUUUACGGCUUCAGUAAAGAAUAACUACGAUUUACUAAGGGUACAAGUUGUAGCCAAGUAAUGAUUACUAAAAACCUCAUGAUCAAUAAUUCUGUCAGCUUUAGCAACAAGCAAAAUAACAUGAAGAUUUCUGGAUUUCAUCAUUCAGCCACAUGACAACCCGAUCCUAAAUGGUACUGAGGGGAAAACCCACCGAGGAUAAUGACUGUGCAAUACAUUUCUGCUUUCCUCACUUUCUGUAUUUUAAGGGAUUUUUCAUUUCUUAUCAGAAGCAGGAGGGAUGGAGAUGAGGAGUGAACAAUACUGAGCCUGAAGAAGAUUUACACACAUGCAGCUUGACCGUUAAGAAUGUCUAUUUCUGUGUUUUGAGUUUGCGUGACUGUGCGUAUUUAUAUCGUGCCUUUUAAACAUCAUCUGUAUGCUUAAUCUCAAAGGGAAAUAAGUAAGAUUUGUUUUUGUUUGAUACAUUUAUCACUGCAUUGUUAUUAUCCAAAGUGUUAUCUUACUUUUUUAAUUCAAUACUUUUUUUGUAAGUGCUGUUGAUCUUUUUUUUUUGUAACUUUUUUGAUUGUUUUGUCUGCACUGUAUUUGAAAAGUCUCCUUUGUUAAAAGAUAAAGUCAUAGACUGUAGGUAUCCUUGUUGGGGGACAAUAUAAGUGUUUUCCAUAAUUUUGCUGUCAAAAUCUCAUUUCCAGCAAUCAGCCUGCUUUUUACAGGGCUCAGUCCCAUUUUAUACUUUGACCCCUACCUCUCCCCUUUGAAACAGAAUUAUAUACAGGUGUAUAGGUGGUAGUGGUGAACUCUUCCCUUAAGAAACAGGACGACCCUUCGAGGUCCUGAUUCGUCCUCAGUAGUUGGAGCCUCUUUGAAGCUUAAGCAGCCAUUUUUCCAGCGAUCCACAAGGCAUACAUGUGGGUUUUCCACCACUGUUCAAUCUGGAGUUUGCCUCUGAAAAAUCUCUGCUUCAGGGGCCCUUCAAACAGAGACCCCUAGACCCCCAAAGUGUAAGGGCAGGGUCUAUGGUGUGUAUUGGGACUGAGCCUCAGAACUUGCUUUCUUUAUCUAAGAAACAUAUUUGUUGCUGUGAAUCGUUCGCAUUGCCUAGAGACAAUCGUUAUUUGGUAUUUUUAAUGCAGAUCAGAUUUGCAUUAUCUCUUCUUUUUGAAUGUUUUUUUGUUCAUUUCUUUACUAUGUCUGCAUGUCAUGUUUAUAUUGAAGUAUAUCAUGGCUGAAAAAUGCACCCAUGCAACAUUUAAGGGGCUAUACUCUUCUAUGUGUCCUCUCUUUCUUUCCAAUGCCAAAAACUCUUAUUUUUUUAAUGCUGUGUGCUUUGAUUUCCUGUUUGUUUUGAUGCGUUUCAUCUCAUUUUCAAAGAACUGUGAGGCCACAUGUUGAAAGCCUAAAUGAUCCUGUAAACUGAUCUCAAUCAUAUUAAAAUAAUAAUAAUCAAUAUUAAUUUCACAUUAGUAAUCACUA